GUGUCAUAUCUAGUUCUCGAACUUAGCAAAGAUCAAUUCAUACCCAAUUAUGGCAGCUCCUUUAACAUCAAAGCCCUUAGUGUCCGAUUUCUCAUCCUCCGUUAGUCAUAUCCCUUCAACGUACGUCCGACCCAUCUCUGACCGACCAAAAUUGUCACAGGCAGAGACUUCCGGUGAUACUAUUCCUCUGAUCGAUCUUCGAGAUCUCCAUGGACCCAAUCGAGCCGAGAUUAUGCGUCAAAUUGCUCAUGCAUGUUCCACUCAUGGCUUCUUCCAGAUCAAGAAUCAUGGAGUACCGGAGACAACCGUCAAUAAAAUGCUAGCCGUAGCAAGAGAGUUUUUCCAUCAACCGGAGAGCGAAAGGAUGAAACAUUACUCGGCAGAUUCAACAAAGACUACGAGAGUCUCCACCAGUUUCAAUGUCAGCACUGACAAAAUCUUGAACUGGAGAGACUACCUUCGACUCCAUUGCUUUCCUAUCCAAGAUUUCAUCAACGAGUGGCCCGAAAAUCCAGUCUCUUUCAAAGAGAUCACAGCCGAAUACGCCACAAGCGUUAGAGCCUUGGUCUUGAGACUUCUGGAGGCAAUAUCUGAGAGCUUAGGACUUGAAAGGGACCAUAUAAGCAAUAGAUUAGGCACACACGCUCAACACAUGGCCUUUAACUACUAUCCUCCGUGUCCUGAGCCCGAGCUAACUUACGGACUUCCCGGCCAUAAAGACCCAACGGCUAUCACUGUCCUUCUUCAGGACCAAGUCUCUGGUUUGCAAGUCUUUAAGGAUGAUGAGUGGGUAGCUGUUUAUCCUAUCCCCAACACUUUCAUUGUCAAUAUUGGUGACCAAAUGCAGGUCAUAAGCAAUGAAAGAUACAAGAGUGUGCUUCACAGAGCUGUCGUGAACACCGAGAAGGAGCGGUUAUCGAUUCCAACAUUCUAUUUUCCAUCUACAGAUGCAGUGAUUUCUCCAGCACAGGAGCUGAUCGAUGGACAAACCUCCCCUGCUGUUUACAAAAGCUUUCCGUUUGUUGAGUAUUGGGACAAGUUUUGGGACAGAUCUCUCGCUACUGCGAGCUGUCUCGACGCUUUCAGAGCUUCAACAACCUAACGAGUGUCUGUCUACUGGUCCUUUAGUAAUUGUACGUCAAUUCAAAACUCCUCUGUAAGCGAUUUAUGUAAUAAGGAUGGUUUCAUACAUAAGAGAGAGAGAGCCUGUUUGGCAACAGAGUCUGCUCUAGUAUUGUAUGAGACCUAAGUUUACGUAUGAAACCUAAGUUUAUUUGAAUGAAAUAUUUGCUUCA